UCAAAACGCAUCCGUUCGACGCUAUGGACCGUCCAUCUAAACUAGCUUGAAAAAGAAUUUCUGGAUUUAAACUCAUACGAGCCGGUGACGCGAAAUUGUUGGCGCAAGCCCACCACCCGGUUGAAUAAGAGCACGCGGUUAAGAAUAGCGCGGAACAGUCUUCGAUUUUCAAACACUCCCAAAAAUUUGUACUACCUAAAUCUCAACAUAACUAGGUGAAAAAAAAACGUGUCAGUGACCGAGUGAUUAUAAUAUCCCAUAUUACCCCAGUAGUUCUGAUAGUUCAUUGAAGAUGAUGAUGAUAACGGGAAUUCUGCUGGGAUGUUUGGCAGCGGUGACAGCCGCGCCGAAUCAGUUCGGGGAGAAAUUUCAAUUCAACGUGACGGACAUCGCGUGGCCCUCGGACGAAAUAAAAACUCAAGUGUUUGAUAAAAAUGAGUAUAUACCGGUGAAUAACGCGAUAGCUGGUAUCAAGGUAUGGAAAGGUAUGAUGUACUUGACGGUCCCCAGGUGGAAGCCGGGGGUGCCAGUUACCCUGGGGUUCAUACCAGCGGAAUUGAUUAUGAGGGAUAUCCCACCGAAGCUACAUGCUUAUCCCAAUUGGGACAUGCAAACUGUUGGAGACUGCAGGGCUUUCCAAUUUGUCCAGAGUAUGGAGAUCGAUCCAAAGGGACGCAUGUGGGUCCUGGACACCGGAAGAACCGAGACGAUGACCACAGAGCCCAAAGCACGGUGCAAUCCUCGACUGGUGAUUUUAGAUCUCGAGAAUAAUGGGGCUGUGUUGCGGAGUAUUCCUUUUCCAGAAAGCGUCACUCCACAUAAUGAGUCCUAUCUGAAUGACAUUGUCCUUGAUAGCACUGACGGAGGAUUCGCCUACAUCUCCGAUACGAACGAUCGUGAUCCUGGGAUUAUUGUUUUCUCUCUUGAGAAGAACAGAUCGUGGAAGGUGCGACACGACUCCAUGAAGAAGCAGAAGGAGGCGGAGGACUUUUUCAUCGGGGAGCAGAGAGUCAUCAAGGGUAUUCCAAUUGAUGGUAUCGCACUAUCCCAGCUUGACGCCAAUGAGAGAUUUCUUUACUACUGUCCCCUGUCAUCUUAUCACCUGUAUUCAGUGAGCACUGCUGGGCUGAAGGACGAGGACAUCUCAAAUAUUGAUCCGUACAUUCGAGAUGUUGGGAGAAAAAGUUCACAGACUGAUGGAAUGAUAAUGUCCGCAAAUGGAACUCUGUACUUCGGUCUUCUCGCUGAUGAUGCUGUCGCACUCUGGGACUCACAGAGGGACUUGUCUUUUACUACUGGCCAGAGGAUCAUUGCUAGGGAUCACGUGAGAAUGCAGUGGCCUGAUAGCUUCGCCAUCGAUGACAAGGGCUAUCUCUGGUGCACCACCAACGCACUUCACAACUUCAUGCACAAUAAAAUCGAUCCCAGACAGGUUAAUUACAGGAUAGUGCGGGCGUACAUCGAAAAUUUGAGUUAUCAGUAUCACGAGAAUGGCACGACACCCGAAUUGCCGAUCAUCAUCGCCGGUGCUGGUGAUCGGCUUCCCAUGGCUAUUGGCACGUUCAUCUUUUUUAUUCUCGCAAUUGCUCUGCAGUAAAUACUGUUUAAUAUUGUCGAUCUUAUGUGGGAUGGGUGUUGAACAAUCGAUGCACUUCGGUUCUAGCUUUAAAUAGUUUUUAAGGGUUUCCGUGGAUAUGAGUACGAGUACGAGAACAAUGUUCGAUAUUUUUGCAGUUUUAUGCAAAAGAUUGAUUAUUUUUCGAGAGCAGUGAGGGAUGGGCUGAGGUGAUGAAGAAAAUUUUCCAUGGUGAAGAGAAGUGAAAUUUUCUUCUCAUUACCUCUUGGAAAAAUGAAAAAUGAGAGUGCAAAUGCAAGUAUUUUAAUUUCUCCCGUGGUUAUGGAACGAAGAAAUAAUUCUCUUCAUUUCAAAACGGGAGGUCGAAUUAUUUGGCCAUGUGGUACUCUUGAAUAUCCCAUUACCCAUUCAUCAACGCUACUCAUUAUCCAAAUAUGCAGAGAUUGAAAUUUUAUGGAACAAUAAACCUCGAGGUACUUCAUAACUACGGUCUAUUCAGUCCCCGGAAGGUAAUUGAAAGGAAAAAAAAUAUAAUUGUCACUAUUUAUUAAGAAUUGUGCAUUUAAAUACUAUCCGCGGUUGUUAAAUGUGCCUUCAGUGUAAAAAUAUCUGUCGACUGAACAAUCGAAAAAUGUAAACACGUCACAAAUUAUUUCAUCCAAAAUAAGGUAAUGUCUAGUGUAUAAAAAAAUAAUUACAACGUGAAAUUUUGUCAUAACGCGGAAUAAUCGCUUGUCGACAAAUAAUCACUUGAUUAAUUUCCUCAGUGGCACCUAAAGAGUAAAUGUACCAAUGAUGGCUAUUGUAUAAGACGCGAUCAAUUUACUUGAGAAGACAAUUGAUUGAUCUAAGGUUAAUUCACCAUAUACUGUGGACCGUAGAAGACACAGAUGAAUGGAGAAAUAUGGGAGAAACAAAAAGGAAAUUAUAAAAAAAAUAGUGUCCAGUAUGUUCCCACAAUUGUUAAUGCUUUUGUAGUACAGUGCACGUAGCCGCGACAACGUACAAUGGAUUUCGUCCUAGUUUUGAGGUACACACAAAACGCACACUAAAUAAUAUCAUUGCGUUACCCGAGCCAGAGUACAACUGCACGUUCUAAAUUAUUCUGAUGUCUAGUGUCACGAAAAUAAACAGUACCGGUGGUUUCCCAUGUGCUCAUGUCGCCCAAAUUUGAAUGAUUUUAAAGAUAAUGUACCUGAUCACAAUCCCUCAAUAUCCUCGUCACCCCACACCCUCAUAUCUGCUUUUUAGGUAAAUCCACCCUUAACUCUGAUUUAACAUUCUAGUAACUGCAAUAAUAAUUUUCAAUCGGCGUUUCUAUCGUUUUUUUUUUAAUUCGAACAAUGAGUCAUCGUAUAAAAAAAAUGCGGGAAUAAUGGAUUGUGUCAUUGGUUGGUAAAUGGAAGAAUGGAAUAUUUUUUUAUGUCAAGAACAUGAAUUCAUGGAUAUUAUCUGAUGCGAGAGAGAUCUCUGGUUAUAUUGAAGAUGAAAAUCUUAAUGCGAUUCUACUGUAAUUUCUCACAAUCAUUUCUUCAGUUGCAUUUGCAAUAAUAAUUUGGUGUCUGAAGAUGAUGGAGAUUGUCAACGAUUAAAAGCGUUAAAAUUGUGUGUCUUUCGAUUGGUGAUGUUACAAGGCUCUAUGGAAAUUCUGAUAGAAUAUUGAAAUUCGCGAGUUUGCAUUGAAAAAUACCAACGGAAAAUGAAUCAUCGGUAACACACCUUAGUCAUGAUCUUGUUUUUCUUAUUAUUUUUUCCUCAUCGCAAAAUGCAAGGUGAUAUAAAAAGCAGAUAUACCUGCUCAGAUCGACGGUGUAUCCAUUAAGAUUUUCUGUCCUCAAUUGACUAGAUCAUUGUGCUGGUAAGCUUAAAGUCUUGUAGUAUUAUGUUUUAACACAAUACCCUUUCUGGUAAAUUUUAGAGACCGGGUACUUGAUGUACACCGUUUAUAGAAAUAUCUUGUAAAAUUUUAUGGAACUAGAGCAGCCUUCAUCUCGCGAGCAUAUAAUUAUUAAAAUAGCCUUCAAUCGAAAUUCUGCAGACGGCGUGUCGACUAAGCUUUCGCAUUUUUAAUUAUUCAAUAUUUGAAUUCCAUAAUCAGAAAAUUUUCAAUGUCAACUCUGCCAGUUUCCUCAUACAAUUUUCCUCCAAUCCAUGACGCAUAGAAAAUUAAAUCGAAUUAAUACCUUUCAACAAUAAUUUACUGAAUCUCCAGGAAGUGAUGGCUGAAUCGACAUGACAUUUUCUUAAUAUAUUUUAUACGAGAUGAAAUGAAACUAUAUUAAUGUGGCCGCAUUAAAUAUAUACUCGAUUGUCAAUCAACGAACGUCAGUGAAAUUCAUUUGAGAAACGAUAUGAAAUUCCUGAAAAAUGUUUCAUCACCCACACGCAACCCUAAUUGAUGGAAUCAUUUGUUCCUGAAUUUACUGGCGUUCCGCGAGGGAAGUCGUACGAUUCAUGUAAAAAUUGAGUGUAAUAUUCCAAUGGAUAAGUUAUCACGAAUAAAUAAAUAGAUGAGUAAUGUAUAAA